UCAGUAGAGAUGCCGCGUCCGCGAGCAAAGCGUAUCGACGACGGUGUCAGUUAGCCGUAGGGGUAGCAUCGGGGUGGUUCCAGCCGAAACUACGGCUCCGACCGUCCUCCACUUCCGCUUCGCCCGUUUUCCACCAUUUUUUUUUUCCAUCAUCCUUCGCCUCUCUCUCUCACUCUCUCUCUCUCUCUCUCUCUCCCUUCGAUCGUUGUUCUUUCCAUCAUCGACGUGUGUAUAUAUAUAUACACGUUUUGGCGACAAUCCGUAUUUUCGUCAAGGGAGGGAGGAUAUAUUGGUGGUGGAUCGAAGGUGGAAGGAAGAGAGAGGAGAGUGAGAUGAGAGACGAGGAGCACGGGAAGGAUGUCGAAGAGGAAUCGAGAGGCGAGAACGAGAGAGAAACUAGAAAGAGCAGCACCGGGGAAAUAGAGGAGACCGAAGAGCAUUCGUGAGAUGGGAAGAUUUCAAGUUUGAUCCGAGAACACGUCCGAAAAGUAACCUGGCUUAAUCGUUUCAACGAUGAAUCGGGAAAACGAGGAACAGCGACCAGUCUCCCAAACUCUUUGCGGGGCGUUGCAAAAAGAACCGAAUUGCAAAUGUUUGGUGUUGUCUGUGUUGAUAUACGGAUGUCUUGCCGCAGUGACGUGGUGUAGAUGCGCGAAUGUCACCAAGGUGAUAAUCAAUUUCUCGACGUAUCCGAUUAAAAGCACGAGACAUGUGUCCCCUUGCGACGAUGGCUAUAUAUACAUCCCCGUGGCUUUCAUGGGGAUGCUGUAUCUGGUCUAUCUGGUCGAGUGUUAUCACUCGCCGAUCAGAAUCGAUCUGUUACACGCGGAGAGCCAGGACAGCGUGUUGUCGAAGAUAACGCAGUUGAAAUUGGCGCAACCGACUAUAUGGUGGAAGGCUGUCUCCUACCAUUACGUGCGGCGUAAACGACAAAUUACCCGGUACAGAAACGGGGACAAUUACACGACGACGCAGGUCUAUUACGAGAGGAUAAACACUCACGCCGCGACAUCCUUCUAUUAUUACGACUACUGCGGGGUGAAAGACAUCAGCAAGGAGUUGAUCCUUGAUCCAAAAGUGCCGAUCACCAAGAUCAAUCUCAGCAAGGGAUUCGCGUUUUCGAACAUGAGAUCGGCGACCGAAUUCGAGGAUGCCAGAUCGAGAUUCUUCGCCGAGCAAGAAUUGAGAGACGAUUACAUGGAGAUGAGAGAGGGCCUGGAUCUCGGAUACAAUCCGAAUCCCACGACGCUUGUCGCCGUUCUCGGCAAUCCUUGGUUCACCAAUCGCUACGUGUACUGGUGUCUCAGCGCUCUGUUGCUCAGCUGGCCCCUGAGAGUGAUCAUAGAGUACAAAACACAAUACGCCGAUUAUCAGAUCACCAAACUGUUCGGAAUCAACUACGACACACCGAGCGGAUGCGAGCCGAUACACGCGUCCAUGAGCCAGCAAACGAUCAAUCAACCGGGCUCUUACAUGCUGGCCCCGAGCUACAGCGAGGCGCUUCUCAUGGAUCCAGCACCCGAUCACCGUCCAUCUUCGACGGAGGCCCAACAGGAGGAGGAGGCCAUAACCGAGAUGGUGCCGAGCUAUUCGGAAGCGUUGCUCUAUCGACGAGCGGAUCAAAGCUGCGUCCUGGAUCCCAACGAGGAUUCGAAUCGUCCAACGUCUUUCUUCGAGUGUUCCUGUCCGUGCCACGCGGCCUCCGUUCUCGAAACAGGCGCGCACGAGGAGGACGACGACGCGACCGGGCUGCCGUUGAUGGGGACGGCGGCGCGCGUCGAGGCGCGUCCCCCCUCCACCUCGACUUGCAGGACGAGCGGCGAUGCGGGAGACACUACGGCGAGCGGGAAGUGCGCGAGUUGUGGGAAAUACUUGGUCGAGGCGCGGCUGGAAACCGCGGAGAUGUGGUCGACGAGCGAGUGUACCAUCUCGGGCUCGAGGAGAGGGUUCCAAAGCGUGAGAAGGGGGCCGAGAACGAUGGCUACGGCGAUGACCAUGCCUCGUGACAUGUCCGAGCCGAAUCUCAGAUCGAGGUCGGAAUCGUUGGAGGCCGACACGAGAUUCUUGAGAUUGAACGGGCAGAGUUUGAGAAAUAUAUUGGAGAGCGAGCAGGAGGAGGAGUUUGGCGGCGGUGGCGUCGAGGAUGGGACGGGAGGGGCGGACGGGCGCGGUGAGGUGGUCGGUGGGCGGGGAAGGGAGGAGGGGAAGUUUCGAUUGUCCCUUUGCUCCCUCGAUGAAACGAAUUCUCGGCCGUCGAGGAUGGACGCGAGCAGGGGCGCUAUACCCAAGAGGAUAUGCAAUAAUAGCGCGAGGAGCAGGGUGAUCGCGAAUCCCAUGUCGGACGAGGGGGACGGAUUCGCGGCAGAUACGAACGCGUAUUUCUGCCUAAAGUCGAUUCUCAAGCAGAACAAACGAAGGUACACCCUGAUCACGGCGAGGGAGCUUCAAAAUUUCUCGGACGGGGAGGAGGAGGAGGAGGAGGACAGACGUUUGGAGAAUCGGGCGUCGUAUCACGAGGGUUGCGCCCUGACACGACCGGUCUUGCCCAAAACUAACGUCGGGGAGAAAAUUUUCGAUCUUUCGUUCUCGAGAUCGAGGGAGAGCCUGGACGGGAAGGGAAGGAGGAGGAAACAAUUGUUGGAGAACGAAGCGUCGACGGACGAGGAAUCGAAGGAACGGGGGAGCAGCAGAACUCUGAUAUUCGCGAGCCCGAUACAAGAGGUCUGCCCGGGCGAUCCUUUCGGAGGGAAGGACCUGGUUCGAACGCGGCAGGAAGUGGACUCGACCCCGACCGAGGAGGCGCCGAAUCAGACAGUCCUCGGCCAGCUUGGACGAUCCCUCGCGUGCGAUCGAAGAUCGUCCCGGCGCCGAUUCCAAGAUUGCCGCAGACAGCGUUACUCGGACACCUCUUGCCCCCCUUCCUUCUUUUCCUGCCCGCCCGAUCGCCAGCAUCCCUAUCCGUACGCCUUCUCCGCGUCCACGGACGCGGUGGACGCGAUACGGUUCACCGCCAAACAGAACCAAACUCGCGUGUACCGACACGGCACGUCGUUCCCCCCUUACGAGGGGGCGAAGGUGGAGGGGGGAACGAGCCGCGGCGAGAAAUGCGCGGAUCGAACGGUGGACGGGUCGUGCGGAUCCUCGAGCAAGGGGGAAUUGCAACGCUCGUUGACGGAGAGGCGAACGAGAUCGGCGAGAAACGAGGCGAAUUUCCGUCGAAGUUUCACAGGAAGAGUGGAGGAUUACAGAGGGGAGAACAACAACAAAUGGGCGAAUCUGAAUAUGGAGACGUCGUUGUAACGAGAGAGAUGGAAGGGAGAUGAAUUGAAUUUGUAAAUAUCCGUCCUGCCACAUUUUCAACAUCCUGUACAUACACCGUAAUAAAUGCGAUUUUACACGGGCCCGCCUUCGCUUCAAGCGUGUCGUCUCGGAACGAAAGAUCGAUCGAUAUUUCUUUCCUUCUUUGUAGAGAUAGAGAAAAAAACUUCGAGCGUGUAACGCCCGCGGUGUUGCCAAUAUCGCGCGUGUCAUUUUUAAAGAAAAUAACUCUUCUCUAAACGUCGUGGUAAAAUUUAUAAUUGAGCCAGCGUCAAUUAUACGACGGGGUUAUAUAUAUAUAUAUAUAUAUAUAUAUAUGCGUCGUCAGAUUUGAGGAGAGAUUUUAAAAGGGAAAGAAAUAUGAGGACGAAUAAAGGAUUUUUAAUCGAUUGUAUUAAACGAUAACACGUUUGUGCCGAUGUUCGUGGAGUUUCGAUUCGAUCCAUUAUUCUAUAAUCCUUCUCGAAUAAUAAGGUAUUUCGGUCCUUGUUUCGAUAGGAUGAUAUUAAACUAAUAAUUCCUCGUUACGUAAAGUAACGAAGGGGAUAAUAUCGAGAUAGGUAAAUAUUUCGACUGAAUAUAUGUAUUUCGAAAGAGGGCGCCCUAUCACUCGAGAACAUUCCAAAGCGUGAAGCGCAAAAACAAUUCGUGAAUAAAUGCAAUCGUUCGUAAAGAGAACUUUCGCUCAAAUAUAAACGAAGAAAAUACGUAGAUUUUACAAGCAAAAUAGAAAUAAAAAAUCGAAAAGAAAAAAUCCGUUCCGAAAAACGAUUGAAAGUCUUCGCUUCUCCGUGCAAAUAAAAUUACGAAAAAAAGAAAAAAAAAUAUAUAUAAGUAUAUAUACGUAUAUAUAUAUAUUUUUGUCUACACGUUUGCUCGCUGCAACAGAGAAGAAAGAAGCUGUGCGUAAUUCUGAUCGUUUUUACCGGUCUCUCGAUAUUUUUAUCGAGAACUUUGUAAUUAUCACACGAUAUAUAUAUAUACAUACAUGCAUACAUACAUACAUACAUACAUACAUAUAUGCAUACAUAUAUAAUUAUUAUAAUAUUAACACGAGGAAACAAAACGCAUUGUUAAUGCUUUUAGGAGGAUAUUUUUCAUAUACUUGAAUAAUGUGUAUCGAUGCCAAUUGCUGAUCGUGAUAAUCAUUAAUAGAAAUUAUUAUAUAUUAAAGAAAAAAAAAAAUUAAAGAUUGUGGUAUAAUUAGGAUUCUAAAAAAAGAAACGAAUGUUUUUUCUAUUCAAUUUAUGGAUGGAAGAUUCGUUCCAUUCUUUGCGAAUUAUGAAUUAAAAAAUUAUUAAUGUUAAUAAAAAGUAUUAUUUGAUACUUACUAAUUGCUAAUUGGUAGAAAAACCAUUAAUAAUCUUAAUUAUACCACGAUAAUUUUUAAUCUAGUAAAUUAAUUGGGAUUUUGAAAUCUGUAAUAUAUACAUGUGUGUGUACGUGUAAUUUUACACGAUUAUUCGCCGUCGACGGAAAGCAAAGUUAAUUAAGUGCUACUUAUCGCGAUCUAUUCAAUAUUAACUAAAUCAUUUGAUAGAAAGGUGGACAAUUUUUUCUUCGAAAUACGACUUCUUUCGAAGUAAUAAGAAAGGGAUAGAUAGAAAAUAUUAUAUACGGUUAUACAAAUUUCUGUUUCUAGAUAUGUAAUUUUAUCGUUUAUUAGUCAAAAAAAAAAAAAAAACGUUUAUUCGAAUGGAUUGAAAAUUCAUUAAUGCGUCGUAAGUAUAUAUACAAUAAGAAAAUUCAUCGUAUUUGUAUUUACCAAUUCUGGUUGUUAAAUCGGGAGAAAAACGACGAAAUUUUAUCCACAGCCAUAGAAUUCUUGUCCAAGUAACAAAAUCUUCCAUAAAACUGUAAAAGUUUCCACGAAAUCACGAUAUUUUUUCCGACUUUUGACACUUCCGAAUCACACGAUGUACGCACAUUCGCAUUUCAAACUAUUAAACGAGAAUCGUAAGCGCGAUUCGAUAAUCGCAAGUAGUAGAACUCGCCGCCAUUUUAGCGCGAAAUUCAAACGAACGAAAGCAUAGCUGAAUCGCCGUAGAAAAUAGGCUUGUCGCAACUUGUUGAAUCGACGAUCGACGAAGCAUGUGAUAAUUGAUUUCGAUAUUCAUGAUAUGUAAAUGUUAAGGCAUCUCAGGAUAACGCGUGUAAUUACUUUUCAAGUUAUUAAUAUAAACAACGUAUGACAAAUUUUUUGCUCCGCAUACGGUAGAACGUUCGAUAAGCACAUCUGACCAAAAUCAACCGUAAAGAGGCACUUUCCAUAGCAAACAGUAUUACAACUAAGUAAGUAUUAUAACUAUUAAACACAAAAUAUUUAAAAAAAAGAGUUGCAUUUUUUGCAAUUUGAUAUGAUAAAAUAAAAAUAUAAAAAUAAAAUUAAUAAUUAACGGCGAGUUAAAUCACAUCGUAGUAAUUUUAAUGAUAAAUGAUUUUAUUUAAUAGGAUGCACAUUGACUAGCAUCAAAAUUGAAUUGUUACAAUUUGAAAGUGUCUCUUACAACGAACUACUCUAGCCUUCAACGUUUAUAAAAUUCAUCGAUCCAUAGUUUUAAUAGUGGCAGAUCUAGGCUUUAAGAUAAUCGACGAAAAAUAUGUGAAUAAACAUUGAUUACAUAAGUGCAUAAGAAUAAUCGAAUCGUGUUUAUCCCUAAACACGAAUCGAAAUUUACUUCGUUUACAAAUCGAAUAAAAAAAUAUAUAAAAUAUUUCGAUUAAAAGAAUAAUACGAAAAUUUGGCUACCACGAAAUUAUAUGCCAAUAAGAGUACAUUUUCAGAUUAUUGCUUGAUGUUGAUGCGAAUAACAUGCGAUAAUUCGUAAUUAAAAAAAAAAAAAAAGAGGUG